CCAUGAGGCAGGUUGUCCCGGGGCAGUUUGACGACGCGGACUGCUCCGACGGUGAACUUACCCAGGAUACAGAAACAACUGAAGAAGGUGAAGUAUCCAAGAAUUACCAGUCAUGUUUGUGUGAAGAGAUUAACUCUGAGGAUGGAGAUGAUCAUUACAACGAUGAAGAGGAAGACGAAGAUGAAGACUGGGACUGGGAUGAUGAGAUGGGAAGACUGAUGAAGUGCCACAAUACUGCUGUGAGAUGCAAUCCACAGGCAAAUAGGCAGACUCCUAGUUGCAACGCAGCAAAAAUGUCUACCCCUACAGACAAGGCUUUAAGGAAAUUUGAACAUAAAAUUAAUUUAGAUAAGCUGAAUUUUGAUGAUUCCGUUAUAAACCGAGUCACAGAAAAGUCUAGACAAAAAGAAGCAGACCUGUAUCGAGUCAAGGAUAAGUCAGAUAGAGCAACAGUAGAACAGGUAUUGGAUCCAAGAACUCGAAUGAUUCUGUUCAAGAUGCUAACUAGAGGCGUCAUAUCAGAAAUCAAUGGCUGCAUCAGCACAGGGAAAGAAGCUAAUGUAUAUCAUGCCAGUACUGCAAAUGGAGAAAACAGAGCAAUAAAGAUUUACAAAACUUCUAUUCUGACGUUUAAAGAUCGGGACAAGUAUGUGAGUGGUGAAUUCAGAUUUCGUCAUGGAUAUUGCAAAGGCAACCCAAGAAAAAUGGUGAAGACGUGGGCUGAAAAAGAAAUGAGGAAUUUAAUAAGGUUGACUACAGCUCAAAUACCUUGCCCAGAGCCAGUUAUGCUAAGAAGUCAUGUGCUUGUCAUGGGCUUUAUUGGUAAAGGUGAUAUGCCUGCUCCUCUGCUGAAGAACGCUCAGUUGUCUGACUCAAAAGUCCGGGAGCUCUACCUGCAAAUCAUCCAGUACAUGAGAAGAAUGUAUCAAGAUGCCAGGCUCGUUCAUGCAGAUCUCAGUGAAUUUAAUAUGCUGUACCACGGCGGCGCGGCGCACAUCAUCGACGUGUCGCAGGCGGUGGAGCACGACCACCCGCACGCGCUGGAGUUCCUGCGCAAGGACUGCGCCAACGUGAACGACUUUUUUCAAAAGCGCAAUGUUGCGGUGAUGACAGUGAGGGAGUUGUUUGAGUUUAUUACUGAUCCUUCUAUUACAAGUGAGAACCUGGAUGAUUAUCUCUCUAAGGCAAUGGAAAUCGCAUCCAAAAGAACAGAGGAGGAAAGAUCCAGUCAAGAUAAAGUGGAUGAGGAAGUUUUUAAGAAGGCUUACAUACCUCGAACGUUGACUGAAGUUAAAAACUAUGAAAGAGAUGUGGAUAUAAUGAUGAAAAUUCUUUAUCAGACUGUGACAGGAUUGAAGAAGGAUUUGUCUGGUGUUCAGAAGGAGAGGAAAAAGAUGGUUAAAGAAGCCCAAAGAGAGAAAAGGAAAACCAAAAUUCCAAAACAUGUGAAGAAGCGGAAAGAAAAAACUGCCAAAAUGAAGAAAGGCAAAUAAAAUUGGCUCUGACUGGGGGAAAUCGGGUGGUGGUUGUGGGCUAU